GAGAAGAAGAAAAAGAAGAUGGUUUUGCAUGUUUCUCACGCACACAAACAAACGUAAAACUUGCGACGUGUGGCCGCUCCUCCAAUAUUUUCCGCAUUUUCACCGUGAAUUCCGUGCUUUUCUUGCAAGAAAAAUGACCGGCCCCGCAGUAUUUAUUGAUCUGUCCCUCGAGGAUCAGGCUCAGGAGCUCCGGAAGUACUUUAAGAGUCUCGGUGCAGAAAUCUCCGAGGAUAAGAGCCCAAAGGGGAUUGAGGAUGAUUUGCAUAAGAUAAUUGGGGUGUGUGAUGUUUGCUUCAAGGAUGGGGAUCCACAGCAAAUUGACGGGAUUCUCAACAGCAUCGUCUCAAUCAUGGUGUCCAUCCCAUUGGAUCGUGGGGAGAACAUUGUGCUGGCAUUCUGUGAGAAGCUAACCAAGGCACCAGAGCCAGCUUUGGCUAAGGUUUGCCUGCAAUCCCUGUGGCGCUUGUUCAACAACCUGGAGCCAUCGUCACCACUCAAGUACCACGUCUACUACCAUCUGGUGCAGGUUGCCAAGCAGGUGGAUCAAGUGCGUGAGGUGUUUACGGGGGUGGAUGGGCUUCGGACGCAAUUUGCGCAGUGUCCUCCGUCGACGGAGCAACUGCAGAAGCUCUAUCGUCUACUGCACGAAGUACUCAAGGACACCAACACGGAGAUGGCUUCGAAGGUGAUGAUUGAGCUCCUGGGCACGUACACGGAGGAGAAUGCCUCGUGCGCCCGUGAGGAUGCCAUGAAGUGCAUCGUCACGGCCCUUGCGGAUCCCAAUACAUUCCUCCUUGAUCCCCUGCUGUCCCUCAAGCCCGUUCGCUUCCUCGAGGGUGAGCUCAUUCACGACCUCCUGAGUGUCUUUGUGAGCGAAAAGCUCCCCAGCUAUUUGCAAUUCUACCAAAAUCACAAGGAAUUCGUCACGUCGCAGGGGCUCAAUCACGAGCAAAACAUGAAGAAGAUGCGCCUGCUGAGCUUCAUGAAACUCGCCGAAACCUAUCCGGAAAUGUCAUUUGAGCUGCUGCAGAAGGAGCUGCAAAUUGCUGAGAAUGAAGUUGAACCCUUCAUCAUUGAAGUCCUCAAGACGAAGCUCGUACGUGCACGAAUGGAUCAGGCAGCACGGAAGGUUCACAUCUCCAGCACAAUGCACAGAACCUUCGGACGUGCACAGUGGCAGCAGCUGCGGGAUCUUCUGCACUCCUGGAAGAAUAACUUGUCCCUCAUUCGCGAAGGACUCACCCACAUUGAGCAGGUGCACAAAGGAAAAUAAACACCGCAAAAUGAAUUAAAAAAAAUGUUUUUUUUUUCUAAAUAAAUUAUCAUUUAAUUUCGUCAUCUCAAAUAAAA